AUGAGCAACACCGAUGGAGCCGGAGCCCUACCAGAUGUUGGAGCUAGUGAUGACGUCAGUAGAGUGCACUCGGUCUUGGAAAUCAAAAAGAAGGCUCUUCUAAAAUCCAUCUCAGAGAAGAAGGAGCGCCAACGAGCGAAUGAAAUGAUAACUGAGAAGAAAGACAUGAUACCGGACGCUAUAGAUGAGCUUGUGAAGCUAGGCUACACUUUUGAAAGAAUACACAAAGAGUCAGGGAUUAAAGGUCAAUUCUUGAAAGAUGCUUUUGAGUUAAGCGGACGACCUGUAAUGCUUGCGGAGUUGCCUAACCAAAUUCGCAUCGGAGUAAAAAAACAGUGCAGCAAACCAAUGGGUAACGUCGCUCUUAAGUCAACAAAUAUCAAAACGCCGCCUUCAGUACCGACAACCACUAUUCUUGCUGCCAAAAAGCGAAAGUUGAAGGAAAGGCCUGUGUGGCUUAAAGAUCUCGUAAUUGAUCUUACGAGCAGUGGUGAUGAAUCCGAACCCCAGUGUACUAAUUCAGCUCCUUAUUUACCUGCCAAUGACGCAGAAGUAAUGACACAGUCUACGCCGGAGACCAAAUUCAUUAAUAUUGCCUCUGAGGUUGGAAGGAUUACAAUGCGCUUAAAAAUAGAGAUUGCCCGUCUAAAGCAGCGCCUACGAUCAGCAGAAGAAGUUUUAUUAACUGAAGAGACGAUGGAAAUGCUUCUGGACAAGAAAAAUAUUAUGUUGGGGGAGAUGGAAGGUUUAUUUAGCGAAAUAAUAGCCAAAAAACAAUCUAUAAAGUAG